CAGCUGUGUGCACUGCAGUCCCGACAGUCUGGCACCCCCGUUGCUUAAAACGUGUAAAAUUUUCAAGUUUCUUUGCAUGGUUAAAAGGCGGAAAGGAUUCUUACGAACAGAUUUGUAAUUGCUAAGACGGCGAUAUGUCAACCACCCACAAGCAGCGCUAUAAAAAUGCCGCCUUGGACUCCACUGAAAUGCGGCGUCGUCGCGAAGAGGUUGGCAUCCAGUUGAGGAAGACCAAACGCGAACAGCAGCUCUUCAAGAGACGCAAUGUGGUCCUGGAGCCGGCCACAUCCUCGACAUCGGCCGGAAAUGAGAGCAGCACCAGCAACGAUCUACAGGUGGGAGUUACAAAACUCUCUCUUUCUGACCAGGCUGCCGACAUGCACAUGGCUGACAGCAGCACUGGACCUUCACAUUUUCCGGGCGGGCAAAACGAACCAACUGCCCGAAGCGGAGCACAGCCAUCCGUAAUUAACGAGGAGAUGAUCCAGAUGCUUUACAGUGGACGGGAGAGCGACCAGCUGGAAGCCACGCAAAAGUUCCGUAAAUUGCUGUCCCGCGAUCCCAACCCACCUAUCGAAGAGGUCAUACAAAAGGGGAUUGUGCCGCAGUUUGUUACUUUUCUACGUAACAGCACGAAUGCCACUUUGCAAUUCGAGGCCGCCUGGACGCUAACAAACAUUGCCUCGGGCACCUCGCUCCAGACCAAGAUCGUGAUCGAGGCCGGAGCGGUGCCCAUUUUCAUUGAGCUGCUCUGCAGUCCCCAUGACGAUGUCCAGGAGCAGGCUGUGUGGGCUCUGGGUAACAUAGCCGGCGACUCGCCAAUGUGCCGGGACCAUCUGCUCGGCUCCGGAAUUCUAAUGCCUCUCCUGCACGUGCUAAACAACUCGGAGCGCAUAACAAUGAUCCGGAAUGCGGUCUGGACUUUAUCUAAUCUGUGUCGCGGCAAGAACCCACCCGCGGACUUCGCCAAAAUCGUCCACGGUCUGCCCAUACUGGCACGGCUACUGGACUACAAUGAUGCGGACGUGCUUAGCGAUACUUGCUGGGCUAUUAGCUACCUGUCGGAUGGACCGAACGAUAAAAUCCAGGCUGUUAUUGAUGCGGGCGUUUGCCGUCGUUUAGUAGAGCUGCUAUUACAUCCGCAGCAUAACGUAAGCACAGCUGCGUUGAGGGCUGUUGGCAACAUUGUAACCGGCGACGACCAGCAGACUCAGGUGAUAUUGGGUUAUAAUGCCCUGCCCUGCAUUAGCCAUCUGCUGCGUUCGACGGCGGAAACCAUUAAAAAAGAAUCGUGCUGGACAAUCUCAAAUAUCGCGGCCGGCAAUCGGGAGCAGAUCCAGGCAAUAAUCAGUGCCAACAUAUUCCCGCAGCUGAUGAUUAUCAUGCAGACGGCAGAUUUCAAGACGCGCAAGGAGGCAGCUUGGGCUAUUACCAACGCUACCAGCAGUGGAACCUCUGAGCAGAUAAAUUACUUGGUCCAAGUGGGGUGUGUGCCUCCUAUGUGUGAUUUUCUGACUGUCAUCGAUUCGGACAUCGUCCAGGUAGCACUGAAUGCUCUAGAAAACAUUUUGAAAGCAGGUGAAAAGUUCCAGACGCGACCAAAUCCUUAUGCCAUUACCAUCGAGGAAUGUGGUGGUCUCGAUAAGAUUGAGUAUCUGCAGGCUCACGAAAACCGCGACAUCUACCACAAGUCGUUUUACAUAAUCGAGCAGUACUUUGGCAACGAAGAGGAGGACAGCCGCGUGGCCCCCGUGGCGGGAACCCAGCAGUUUGAGUUCGAUCCGGACAACAUGCCCAGUAGCGGCUUUAACUUUUAGCACCAUACCUGGCAGGGCAGUAUAAACACUAUCCAAACGCGAAUCCUUCUGAGGUCCUGAACACAUGAAACACAACAGGAAACAAUGGCUUGCCUACUUUGAUUUAAUUGGAGGCCAGAGCACGGGCACGAAAUAUUGGCCGCAGGAGAAGGCAGACAAUGCCUAAGUGCAGUCACUACUAGCAUUUAAGUAAAGUUGGUCAUUCAGUCGGCUCGUUUUUGCCUCUUUGUUAAACAUACUCGUCUGCAUAUUGUUUCAGCGUUUAAACCUUUAUAAUUUUCGAAGUGGUCCAGGACCAAUCAUGACCUUAUUCGAGCAUUUCUCCAGCUGGCGAGAUCGCUUUCACUUAGUUCGUAUAUACUAAUUUAACGUGUUAUACAACCUAAUGUAUAUGAUUUUGCUUUACUCAAUUUGAGUUUGUAAAUAUUUUUCAUUAAGCCCAAUUACGUUGAGACCCUGACAUGGUGUUGUUAUACAUUCAUACAAACAAACAUACUUUACGAUAAUAAUACAAAUAACUUGAAAUGUUUUUAUUUGAUUUUGUUACGCCAAUCGCCCCCUGUAAAUUCGUUUAAAUUAUGAAAAAUAUUAAUUUAAUUUAGAGAACACAAUAAAGGACAACUAGACCACAACAACCCAGUAUCCAGUAUGUAAAAAACAAAA